AUGGUGAUCUUGACCGAGCGUUCAUUGACUGGUCGGCAGAGCACACGCGACAUUGUCAAGUAUGAUAUCAUCCAUCAUCUGAUCAUGCAGAAUUGGACUCGGGAUGAGUUGAUCAAACUCCUGGACAUUGAUCAACUCCCCAACUUUGGAAUUCAAGACUUUGACUCUGUUCUCAACGAGGUGGCCACUCCAGUGCCCAACCUCAACAACAACAACAACUCAACAACAGGUGGCCACUACUCACUCAAGACAGAGUAUUACUCAUUCUACAACAAGUACUACUUUGACUACAGGUUCCCUCAGAGGUCUCGCGAGGUUAGGCUGGCUCUAAUCAAUCAGAGACGCAUCAAGUUUGUCAUCCAGGUGCCCCCUGGCACACUCGCACCAUUGCGACCAGAGUUCAAACAGAUCGCCCAACUACUCCUCUCGCCACAUCUGUACAAGAUCAUAUUCUACUCGCUGUUCCAUUGUCUGUCAAGCAUGGACCCCCAAGGUCAUGCCGGGCCAGAUGAUGACAAGCAACAAUAUGUGUACCAGUACUACACAUUGGACAACAUCCUCCAUCUGUUGAUGAUGGCGGUCAAUGCCAACCUGACCCCGCCGGCACUCGAGUCAUUCCGGCGGAUGUGCAACCCAAAUAUCGUGGACAUGCUGGACAAGAUCAUGACGACCGAUCACCUGUUCUUGCAUCCAACCGUGUCUCUGAUUCUGAUCAGAGUCAGCACGAAACGAGCACCGGCUUCAACGAUUGGCUCAGGCCAAGGACAAGGCAAUCGCACAAACAGUAAGAUGGCCGAAUACAACUGCCGCAACUCCCGUGGGAGCAGGUAG